AUGAACACUUGCCCAGGCUGUGCUAAAAACUUCGAGCAUACUGGAUACGCUCAUUACCUAGCCCAGACCAUAAAUCCAUCAUGCGCCGCUCAACUACAACUUUCUGGUCUUUUUCCAGAGUCGAGCGAUAACGAUUCUGAUGGUCUUGCAGAGGAUGGAGAUACUGACAGUCUCAAUGGAGGAGAUGCAGAAUUUACAGGAGACUACUUUGGCUACUACGAUGAACAAGAUCUGGAAUGGCCAGACGAUAACCACAAUGAGCUCCCCUUGGAAUCUGAUGGAGAGGAUGAAGAGUAUCAUGACACAGCGCUUGAGCAUGGGUGGGAACACCCUGCAGAUCCUGUCCAGCAGGAUAUCAAUGGUGGGGAUGAUUUUGAAAACUCGGACAACUCGGACACACUGUCACAAUCACUCCCAGCCAAACGACAAGAAGCAGAGGCGCCCCUUGGUCACCAGCCCAUUGUUGAGAAAUUUCCAAGGCGCCAUGCAGGUGCUCCAGUCCACCACUCCCACACUACAGCUUUCGAGUCUUAUAAGAAUGUACUGCAAGGUGCAGAAAACGUUUGGGCCCCCUUCGUGUCUCGCACAGAUUACGAGGUCGCAAAGUGGGCAAAACUUCGUAGUUCUGGCUCAACUGCUUUUUCCGAGCUGCUCGCAAUCGAUGGUCUUUGUGAAGCCUUGGGUCUUUCAUACCAGAACUCCUGUGAACUCAAUCAAAUUAUCGACCGACAGUUACCAUGUCAACGACCGCGUUUCAAACACGAAGAAAUUAUUGUUGCAGACGAGGCAUUUGAUGUUUACUCGUGUGACGUCAUGGAGUGUGUCAAAGCUCUUUAUUCAGAUCCUGAAUUCUCACCACAUCUCAACUAUGCUCCUGAACGCCAUUAUGCCGAUGCCGACAAGACUAUCCGAAUGUAUCAUGAUAUCCAUACAGGCAAGUGGUGGUGGUCCACCCAGGCAACGUGGAUUCUGCUUGCCUAUCUACCAACUUCGAAACUCAAUCAUAUCACAAACAAGGCUGCUAGGCGUCGAACGGCAACUAAUUUGUUUCACGCUUGUUUGCGCCGCAUUCUUGAGCCUCUGAAAGUCCCUGGCGAGGAUGGCGUUGCUAUGGCCAGUGGGGAUGGUGCUGUGCGUCGAGGGCAUCCGAUUGUCGCUUGUUACUCUGCAGAUUACCCAGAACAGCUGUUGACGACUGGGGUAAAGUCAGGAGAGUGCCCGAAGUGUGAUGUCCCACACAAGGAGUUGGGAAGUCCGCAUUUCCCGGUAAACCUGCGAGACCUCAAUGCAAUUCUUGCCGCAUUGUCCCUCGUCGACGAGGAUUAUGACCUGUGGAGACGAGCGUGCCAGGAGUGUGGCAUUAAGCCUGUCUUCAAACCAUUCUGGCUGGAUCUCCCGCACACCAACAUAUUCCAAUCCAUCACGCCGGAUGUGUUGCAUCAGCUCUACCAGGGUAUCAUAAAGCACCUCACUGAGUGGAUCAAGGAGGCAUGUAGCGAAGCUGAGAUCGACGCUCGUUGUCGUAGGCUUCCCCCAAACCACAACAUCCGCUUGUUUCUGAAAGGAAUCAGUCACCUCUCACGUGUUAGUGGAACAGAGCAUAACCAGAUCUGUCGCUUCCUGCUCGGUAUUGUCAUUGGCAUACAGUUGCCUGGAAAUCUCAAUAAUGGUCGCCUUACUCGUGCCAUUCGCGGCAUCCUUGAUUUCCUUUACCUUGCUCAAUACCCUUCUCACACAGAUCAAACUCUAGCACUGCUCGAUGAUGCCUUGACACACUUUCACGAUAACAAGGAUAUCUUCCUUGAUCUUGGGAUCCGAUCGAAUUUCAACCUCCCGAAGCUUCAUUCCUUCCGUCACUAUGUACAUAUAAUCAAAAUGUAUGGCACGACCGACAACUACAACACCGAGUACACCGAAUGCUUACAUAUUGACCUCACGAAGGAUGCUUAUAGGGCUACCAACCAUAAAGACGAGUAUAGUCAAAUGACGCUCUGGCUCGAAAGACGUGAGAAGAUGUUGUGGCAUGAUAACUUUGUUAAGUGGCGUCUGGUUGGUGAUCUUGCCUCGCAAGAAAGGCCACCACCAGACAUGGAUUAUCGUCGGGCAAUCAAGAUGACGAAACACCCGACCAUCAGACGUGUUCCAUUGGAUCACAUUGUGCAGGACUAUGGCGCCAUUUUUUUCACAGCAGCAUUGGCUCGUUAUGUGGUUGGCAGGAAUCAACCUGGUUUAUCUGCAGCGCAACUGGAACGAGAGGCUGCUCAUAUCAUUCUUCCCUUUGAUGCUGUGGCUACAUUCCACAGGAUCAAAUUUCACGCAAUCGAUGCUCACGGGUUCCAGGACUCGAGUGUAACAGUAGAUUCUGUGCAUUCUCAACCAUCGCGAAAGGACAAGAGAGGGCACACGAUCCCCGCACGCUUUGAUACUGUUUUGGUCAACGAAGGGGAUGGUGGGAUAACGGGCGUGAAUGGAUACCGUGUUGCGCAAGUUCGCGUCGUCUUCACGCUGACAAGUCAAGCUACAAAUUUGUUAUUCCCCGCUGGACCUCUAAAACCACCCGCCCACCUUGCGUAUGUGGAAUGGUUCACACCCUUCCAGCAACCUGAAUCACACCAUGGGCUGUACAAAAUUUGCCAUCUGAUGCGUCAUGGAGAGCAUCUUGCAAGCAUUAUCGAUGUAUCGGACAUCCGCAGGAGUGUUCAUCUUUUUCCAAAUUUCGGCGCAGUAGUACCUCGUGAAUGGACGAGCAGUACCGUUCUGGAGCUCUGUCCCAGCUUCUUUGUAAACUCGUUCAGUGACCGACACACUUAUUUAACUAUUGUUUGAGGAAUAUAACGAGAUUCGUUGAAAUACUCUCGAAAUACAUGUAAUUUAACAGAUUCGUUGAAAUACUCUCGAAAUACAUGUAGUUUAACAGAUUCCCUGAAAU